AUGAACGAUCUCACAUGUCUAAAGUCACUCCGAAGGGAGCUGCGGGAUCUUGACGUCCAUGAUGUGUUGCAGGAUUUUCUCCAUCACCGUGUGUUCAACAACGACGAAUUAACGGAAAUUUUAAACGAACCAGAUGAAACAUUAAGACUGGACCUGAUGUUCAUAAAUCUAGAGUGGAAGCAGCAACGGGACCCACAAAUAGUAACCCGGUUCAUGAACUCAUUGCGUCCCUACUACGACUGGAUCGUGGAACUCUGGGAAAAGAAUCGCAAUAAAGAAACGCAAGAGUACAAGCAAUAUCUGUCAUACAGGAAUGAAACGUCGAUGCCGUCGCACGAUGCGAUCAGCUUGUACCGAAAGGAUCUACGGUGGAAGAUCCACAAAUAUCUCAUGUCACUGCGACACGGUGCUUCCGAGCAUCGGUACCUGUUCAUCCAUGGAAAGAUGGGCACCGGAAAGCAGACGCUUGUUUGUCAGGCCUGUGAUGAUAUUACUAUCGUAAAACGUAUGGACUUCAAAAUCUUCUAUUUGGAUCUGGCGUACUGCCGAUCGAAGGAGUCGAUUUUGGAGAUGCUGGAAAAGUUGUCGGUGCAAUUUGGCGAAUCGAUCAAGCCGGAAGAGAGAGGCAUCAAUUACAGCUAUCCUUCGAACAUGAUCGAUUAUUGGAAGCGCACGUUUACCCGCCAGUUCGACAAGAUGUUUGCCGAAAGUCUGCUGGUGCUGGCGCACGUGCGCCAUGAGGAGUUAAUCAAUCACUUCGAUUUCAAGUGCAAAACCGUCGUUAUCACGAGCAAUAAGGAUGUGCUGCGUGAGGUCAGCGAAACAGAACAAUUUUCGGUAGAACUGCCAAAGGGUUUUACGGAGGAGGAAGGCCUGGAACUGUUCGCUAGGGCACUGAAAAAGAAGAGCACCAUGUUGCCCUCGGAAGCAACAGAGCUGUGCCGCGCUUGCCAGGGCAAUCCGUUCCUGAUUAACCUGAUUGCUCUGCGUAUGAGCGAGGAAUGCAAGAACGAGAUACCGGUGAACUGGCAGCAGCACAUCGACAAUCUGCAGAACUUCAGCAUCGGCAAAUCGGAGAAGAUCACACGUACGAUCGCAUCGACGUUGGAUCAGUUCACCGAAGAGGAGAAGCAAUGCUUUCACGAUCUCGUGAUAUUCCGGGACAACGUGCCACUAUCGCAGCGUGUGCUGGAGAUGUACUGGGAAAAAGAUAGGCAGACGACGGAAUGUAUCCUGUCGAAGCUGGAGCGUAGAGGGCUGCUGGAGAAGCGCGCUUGUAAGAACAAGAUGUUUUACAUGAUGCAAUAUAUAUGUUAUAACGAGAUAAAGCAUCCACCGGGCACAGAUAUGAAAAAUCUUCAUCGUCGUCUGCUAAACCGCUAUAGUAUCCGUGAAAAUCUCAACAAUCGGAGGGAACUCGAGCUGCACAAUGAGUUUCCAAAUGAUGACUAUUUCCACUUCUACAUCGCGUACCACAUCGAACAGGCAGACGAGCUUACGCUGUUCCAGGAACUGUAUCAGGACUUUGGUUUUCUUGAGCAAAAGCUGCGCAUUGCCGGGCUGGCGAAUACGGUAGGUGAUUUGCGGAAGUAUCAGCAAUACAUUUUCCCGACUGAGGAGGAUAAGGAUUCCAUCAUUGACACUCUGAUUGGCUUUCUGAUGGACGCGGAGUGCUUACUCUCGGAGGACUCGCGACUCUUGCAAAGAGCGUUAAACUACUCAGGGAAAAUUGCUGACAUGGCAAAGUUGCAGAUCGAGAAGUACAAACAUCGUCUGUGGUUUCGUGAUGUCACCCACUGUUUCGAAUCAUCGGUUGUGAAAUUGUGCCAUCGUCCGGUGAAGGUGCGAUUCCAAGACUCGAACCACGUGUUUGUGUCAUUGGCAAAAAAGGAUAUACAACUGUGGAAUCUCACGGUGGAGUACGGCGUCGAACCGAUGGAGCUAACAGGCUGCGACGGUGACCAAAUCGUGGACAUGCAGAAGAUAAAUCAAUUCCUGCUGGCACUCAACCGACGAGGUGACAUAAAAGUGUGGUCCACCAAAAACCUCCCCGAAAGCUCGGACUAUCGCAUGCUGAACAGCUACUCGCGGGAACCAGAAAUGACCCUCAAGAUAACAAACGGUUUUAGCUGCUUCUGCGUGUUGAAGCAAAACGAUCGUAUGGAGCUGAUCGCGAUCAGCGAGUCGGGUGUACUGUGCGUGUACAACGUGUACACGACCGUGUUCCGCACGGAUAAGCCGGACAUCAAGCUUCCGACAUCCAUACAAAACGCGUACAUUUUGCUUCCGUUGAAGGAUUUCGAAAAUCAACGCGACAUUUCGGUGAACCGCUGCCUGUUUAUGACCCAAGGCCACGGUGAACCGAUGGCGGUAAUAUUUAACAUGCGCACCACCAACGUUGAGUCGCGAUUUGUGGAACCGGUGGCGCUCAACGUGUACCAGGUGCCGGAAGGUGUGAUCUUCGUAAACGAGCGGCAAAUUCGCUUUCGAGCGGGAGGAUCGUUCGAGCUGGGUGAGCUUGUUAUUGUGUACGAAACCAAGCACUGCAAUAACACGUGCAGCGUGCUUACGGAAGACAGACGAUACAUCGUGCUCGGCACUGAACGUGGGAUAUCGAUUAUCAACCUGAAGGACGGGGUGGAAAUUCGGCGCAUGAACAUCAGCCACUCCAUCGUUGAUCUGGACGUGCUGAUGAUGGAACCGAGCAUGUCGCACGUGUUGCUGGCGUGCAUCUCGAAGGAUGGCGAAAACGCGAUGAAUCUCUACAGUCUGUUUUUGGCAACCAACAACCAAGUCGUCAGCAGCCAGUACCAGCUUGAAGGAACGACGGUGUUUCUGACCCGGCUUAAUGACAAUCCUGUCCUGUUGAACACCAUCGAUCGCCACUGCAAAUUGCUGCAAACUCCGCUGUGGGAUAACGAUUGGGGCGUGCAGCAUGAGAGUCGGUUUGAGAACGAAAAAAUCGAUGCACUUGUGCACUGCCUGAUCAAAACGCCGUCGGCGUACUACUUGGGUUUGGAGAAUGGUAAGGUGCUGAAGAUGUUUAGCUGGGACAUCGACGUCGUUCCAGAGGAAAUUGUCCAUUUACACACGGAGGUCACGUAUUUGGAUUACUUUCCGUGCGACGCUUAUAUGACAACGUCGGAGAUCUUGGUAGUGGCGGGUAGAGGGUGCUGUAAAAUAUUUAUAAACGAUCGCAAGGAAACCGAAAUUGCAGAAACCAUUCGAAGGUGUUACCUGUUGCAUGAGCGCUUUUUACUGCUAAUCGGUGAGCGCUGUUCUAUACAGUUGUAUGAUUUAGAGAACAAAUCCUUGGAGCUAGUACAAAAGGAAACCGAACGGUUUUACGGUGCUUCGGCUUACCAUCAGCUACCGAGCCCUGCACUUAUCCUGUGCACAAUCGAUGGUAUAGUUUACCAUCUAGGCUUACAUCAGAACGCGAUCAAAUCCUUCGAUCUGGCGCCUUUCGACGAGCUUCUGACGGUGAAACCAUUGCACCGUACCAGCACCGUAAUUUGUAGCUGUGCCUUAUCGGCGAACGGAGAGUUCCUGGCGAUUGGAUGCUGCGAUGGUCGCAUCGUGCUGCACCAAAGAGAAUCGAACCGGCAGCUGGGUGUGUUGGACUCGCACCAAUUCCCUGUGUCGGAGCUGUACUUCAGCCAUUGGAGCGAACCGGGCUCACCGAACAUCUUGAUCAGCGUUGGUGAGCAGAUAGUGUUCUGGAACGUGGACUACCUUAGCAACAAUCAACCAGCCGAGAGUACGUCGUUUGUGCGACGAUCGGGACGUUUCAGCACCCGAAAACCAAUACCGGAGUCGAUGUUAUCACCCAGCGAUAGACGCCGUUCGUUUGGCAGUAAUCAUUCGGGAUUUUCUACCCCUGUCCAGGGUAGCCCGGUACAGCGGAGCUUCUUUGGCGAGCGCUCGGAGGAGUGGGCUCACUGGUAUGACAAGCGAGGACCUUCCAAUAAACCAUAUCUGCUAUCGUGCAUCAAGCUGAUCGGGCGAGCGACGCGAUUGAUCAUGAAUCGGGAGUUUAGUGAGUUUCUUACCAUGGACGAUGAGGGAUAUAUUCACUUUCUGCGGCUUUAUCAGCCGUCCUCCAACCAUCAGUUGCUUUCACCGCCAGUAACUUUUGGGGUGCGAUCUCCUGCUGCCACGCCACAGGUGAUAGCAGUGAGUAGCGGCACAAAUGUCACGCACAAUCUCAUUUGA